AUGCGCCUGCGACAGGCGCCGUGCCCGCACCAGGCGACGGCGCGCCAUGGCACCCACAAGGAGAAGCAGCGGCUGGCCGGCGCCGCGGACGCGCGCCUGAGGCAGGCCGAGGCGCUGCUGGGAGCCUGCCAGCGCGGGGUGCUCAAGGGCGCUGCGCUCGCCGCCUGGCGGUCUGGACUCGGCCUGCUCGAGGCACGGGCGUCAGCAGCGUCAGUGGUCGAGCCGUCACCUGCAGCGCGCGGGGGCGGUGGCGGUCAGGGCCGUGGUCGCCAGGGCGCUGCUGCGGGCGCUGUACGCGUGGAAGGGGAGCCGCCUUGCCGAGGACGUCGCCUGGCUCAGCUGGGAGAAGGAGCGGCUGGCCGACACCUUGGACGCCCGCCUGCGGCAGGCCGACACACUGCUCGGGGCCUGCCAGCACGGGGCGCUCAAGGGCGCCGCGCUCGCCGCUUGGAGGUACGGCUCGAGCCUGCAGCGUUCUUGGGAAAGCGCACACACGCCCGUGGCUCAUGGCCCAGCGGUUCGGGCUCGACCUGCGCAAAGCAAAUACGCCAGCGGUCGAACCGCCAUUUGCAGCAUGCAGGAGUAGUGGCGGUCAGGGGCGCGGACGCCAAGACGCUGCUCAAGGCGCUGCACGCGUGGAGGUGGAGCCGCCUUGCCGAGGACGUCACCUGGCUCUGCUGGGAGAAGGAGCGGCUGGCCGGCCGCGGACGCCAAGACGUUGCACAGAGCGUUGCAUGCGUGGAGGGGAAGCCGUCCAGCCCAGGUUGA